CAUGAAAUGUAGCAGACCCUUAUGGGAGUAGACUAAAACUGGUCCAUGACAUGACAAUCCUCAUCUUCUUCCCUUCAGAAAAUUUGAAAUCCUGAUACCUUAUCCAAACUAGGCAAGGCCACCACUACAAUACCUCACCCUCUUUGGCGAACCCAUGUCUUCUUUUCAGACAAAAGCUCCCACUCCUGUCUCUACUUUCUCUCUCUACCACCCAAGAUGUCUAUGGCAGUUCAACCUGGUGUUAGUGGUUCUUUUACAUGCCCCUCCUUUCCUCAUCAGAAACCCUGUUUCAGGCUCUUCAAUCCCUCAAUCCCUCUGAAGCAAAAAGCCAUUAGUCCACUUUCACCCACCAUUCUUGAGCUUAAAAGCAGACACAUUAAAAGAAUUCAAACAUUGUCUGCUUCAGCAGCCAUAGAAGCAGUUGAAGCAGAAACACCCACUGAGGAUUCUACCUCUGCACCCCCACAGGACACUGACACUUCCCAGGAAACGAAGAAGCUUGAAGUGGUGGUUAAGACAGUGGAGAAGCCAAGGCUGGUGUUGAAGUUCAUAUGGAUGGAGAAGAACAUUGGUUUGGCCCUGGAUCAAAGGAUACCAGGCCAUGGCACCAUUCCUUUGAGUCCAUACUUCUUUUGGCCUCGGAAAGAUGCAUGGGAAGAGCUCAAAGUUACUCUAGAGAGUAAGCCAUGGAUUUCCCAGAAGAAGAUGAUUAUACUCCUUAAUCAGGCCACUGAUAUCAUCAAUUUGUGGCAACAAAGUGGUGGCAAUUUGUCCUAAAUAGAGAAUGCAGAGUAGAUGUUUACUCUGUAUUUUUGUAUUUCAGUUGUAAUGUUGUGCUUUUGGGGUGUGAAACUUGGGGUUUGCAUAGGUCUUGUUCCAUCAAAUAUGAUCAAAGUUUUUAUUCAUUUUACUCUGAUUGUCAUUAGUCACUAGUAGGAGAUUUCAAAUUAUCAAACACUAAUAGUGGAUUUUAG